CCACAAUAAGCGAUUCUCUGUCCUCAAGAAAAGAGAAAGGAAGCAAUUAACAAAAGCAGAAAAACCUGAACCAAGGUUAACAAAUUAACAAAUUUCACCAUUGACAUUAAAAGAUGAAGUUCAUUCCCGAAGAAGGAAAACACCUUCAUGAAGAUUGCUCCACAUUGAUUUUGCCUGCUGUAUCUAUUGGCAAUGUUGGGCAGUUAACCGCAGACCUUUUGGUUUCAUCAAUGGGUUCAGAGAAAGUUGGUUACUUAGAUGAUCCUUAUGUUCUUCCAUGUGUUGGUAAUGAUGCUUAUGGUCCUGUUCCUAAUGGAGACCUUGCACUUCCUAUUGAAGCUUAUGAUUCUCCUUCUAAUGCUCUCACUAUUAUCCAGCAGAGGUCACCUGUAAUUAAGGGUAUGAUGCUCGAGUUUGCAAAAAACAUGGCUGAUUUUAUUGCUGGGAGUGGAAAGAAGCAUAUUAUUAUUCUCUCCAGCUUAGAUUUUGGAAAGUGGCAAAAGGUCGACAUGUCAAGUGGUUUGCAGAUUUAUUACCUAUCUAGUGCCAACAGCAACGGAGCAGAUGAAAACUGUGAACAGCUUGGGUGGAAGAAACUUCAGGAUUAUGACCCUUCUCAGAAGCAUUGGAAAUAUCUUAAUGAUUUAGCUGAAGGAAAUGCAACGCCUGAAGAUACUAUUUCUAUAGAAGAUGAACUAGAAGAAGAAAAUUAUUAUGCUAGCUUGCCUUUUGCUGCACUUUUUUCUUUUCUCAAGGCUAAAGGUUUGAAGGUCACCUGCUUGUUAUGUUAUUGCUCAGAAGGUGACAACACAUCUGAUGCUUUUCAAUUAGCAGAUGCAGCAUGCAAACUUCUAAAGCCGAAUCAGCCUAAUUCUGGAAUCGAAGGUGUCAAAUGGCGAGUUCCACUUUCUUGGAUGUCUGUAUAUGGACCACCUCCAGAUGUGUCCAUCUUCUAAGAUCAGGUUUAUGUAAUUAGUACAGUUAAAUGAUGGUUGAAAAUGGAUAUUAUUAUCCACUUCUGUGCCUCUAAAAGCAUGUAGUGAUGUUGGUUCUGUAAUUUUUUUUUUACUUGUUCACACAAGCUAACACAUAGUUGUGUCUCCAAAACCACAUCUGCAUAACUGCAUUCAGUUCUAACAUACUUCUAAGUUUUUUGUGUUUUUCACAAAUGGAAAAUGAAAUUUUGUUAAUGUUAAAUACACACUAGCACAAGUCAUGCUAGGGUGAAUCAGAAUGAUACCAGUACAGAAGCUAUCACAGA